AUGGAAACGGAAAUUCCAUCAGAAGCUACUACCACUACUACUACUACAACGACAACAUCAGAAUCAACUAGCUGUUGUUGUAAGGAUCAUCAUAAUGAUAAUGAUGAUGAUGAUGAUAAAAAUGGUGAUAAAACACCAAUUAUGUUAACAAUCAAUGAUGAUGAUGUUAACAAUGUGGCCAAUAAUAUUCAAACUCGAACUAGAACUACAAUUGAUUCAUCAUCAUCAUCAUCAUCUCCUGCUACAACAACAGCAACGACAACAACAUCCGAAUCAAAUAAUAAUAAUAAUAAUAUUGAUAAUCAAAUGAUGAAAAUGAAAGUUUAUCGUAAACAUCGGCCAUCAUUACAAUAUCAAGAAUAUAAAGUCUAA